UCUUCCUCCCCCCUCCUCCCUCUAUCCUCGAACAACCCUCGAAGUCUCUUCAACAACCCCCAUUCAACUUCUCCCUUCUUCUUUUUGUCGACGAGCCCGCUCUACGCGCAAAUUAUUCACAAUGGCUGCUGAGGAGCAUGAUCUCGAGUUUGACUCCGCCGAUGCCGGCGCGUCUUUGACCUAUCCUAUGCAGUGCUCUGCUCUGCGUAAGAACGGUUUCGUCGUCAUCAAGGGCCGUCCCUGCAAGAUUGUCGAUAUGUCUACCUCCAAGACUGGCAAGCACGGUCACGCCAAGGUUCACCUUGUCGCCAUCGACAUCUUCACCUCCAAGAAGUACGAGGAUCUGUCUCCCUCCACCCACAACAUGGACGUCCCCAACGUCUCCCGCAGGGAGUACCAGCUCCUUGACAUCUCCGACGAUGGCUUCCUGUCCCUGAUGACCGAUGACGGUGACACCAAGGACGACGUCAAGGUUCCCGACGGCGAAGUUGGUGACCGCAUCAACAAGCUCUUCAAGGAGGAGGAGAAGGACGUCAAUGUUGUCAUUUUGACCGCCAUGGGCGAGCAGGCCUGCAUGGACGCCAAGGAGGCUCCCCGCGGUUAAACAAACAAAAUAUGACCCUUGCGCACUUUCGUCCAUUGUCGUGAGCUGCCAGACAUUCUUUGUCUUGUCGUUCCGACUGACAAUGACUUACCAUGGGACAAUCGAAUAUCCCCGGUGUUGGGUUGAUGGCAUGUGAAGGCGUGUUUGGCGAUGUGCGUGCAAGCAUGCGCAGCGAAUGAUAAAUGAUCUUCUUAUGCCUGAACUUCAUUUUCCUUUGUUCACAAUAAGCUCAUCCACGCGCUAUAUAGCCGGAGGCUCGACUCAAAAAAGCAAAUAAAGAAGCGAAAGGCCUCGGAGAUAAAAUUUCAUGCCUGUACAAGAAUCAAGCUCCCCAAGCGUUUAAGACGUGAAUCCCAUGUGUGAGUGCGAGCAUCCUAGACUAUGUUCCGAAUGAGACCUA